AUGUCGUUUUCUGCUCUCCCGGCGAGUCUGCCCAGUCUCAGCAACCACGAAGCCAUCGCUGACGCCCUAUACCGGGCCGUGCUGGCGUUCGACCACGGCGAUGAGGAGCUAUUACGCAGUGCCGUUACCGAUGAUAUAACGGCCGAGAUGCCGGGCAGCCCACCUACUAGCGGUAUUGCGGCGCUCAAGGCAAGCGUGUUCGACCGCGUGGCGUUUGGAAUAGACACAACCCAUUUUCUCUCCAAUAUCAGGGUGAAUCUAGCGAGCGCGAGCGCUACUACGGCUCAGGUAUCGUGCUCCGCUCUCGCGCAGCACGUUCGUAAAGGCAAGGGGUACGAGCCUGGGAACAAGUUUACAAGCGGUUGUAUGUAUUUAUGUGAUGUAAUCAAGGAAGAAUCCUCGAGUUUGUGGAAAAUCGAGAACUGGAAAAUCCAUAUCAUCUGGGUCGAUGGGGACAGAAGUGUGAUGACAGGUCAAUAA